GUAUCAUCAGUUUCUCUUGAAAAUCCUACUGAGGUGUUCGAAGAUGGAGAAAAUCCACCAAGUAGUCGAUCAUCAGAGAGUGGAUUCACUGAGUUUAUACAAUAUCAAGCAGAUCGAACUGAUGACAUUGACAGAGAACUGGGUGAGGUGCAGGAGACAGCUACCAUCCCAAUUGGUAGCACGUCGUCCGAGACAGAAACAGCAUCUACUGUGGGAUCUGAAGAAACCGUCAUCCAGACCCCUUCCAUUGUCACUCAGGGGACAGCAACCCGAAGUGUGAAUACAGCCCAAAAAACUGCAAUGCAGUGCUGCUUGGAGUAUGUCCAACAGUUUCUUACCAGACUUAUCAACCUUUAUAUUGUUCAGAGUAGCUCUUCUUCUCAAGUUUUGGCUGCAGAGCGUCAAGGGGAUCUCUGUCGAGAGCAAGGAGAGACUUCAAGAUGGGAUAGGGAUUCACAAGGAGAUAUAAAAGAGAGAAAUAUAAGUAAACAAAAAACUUCAAAAGAAUACCUUCCUGCCUUCCUUGCUGCCUGUCAGCUCUUCCUAGAGUGCUCAAGUUUCCCCGUUUACAUUGCUGAGGGGAACCAUACGUCAGAGUUAUGUUCUGAAAAAUUAGAGACUGACUGUGAGCAUGUGCAGCCUCCACAGUGGCUCCAGACUCUGAUGAGUGCUUGCAGCCAAGCAAAUGAUUUCAGUGUUCAGAGUGUUGCCAUUUCACUAGUCAUGGACCUAGUAGGACUGACUCAGUCUGUGGCCAUGGUCACUGGGGAAAACAUCAACAGUGUGGAGCCUUCACAACCCUUAAGUCCAAACCAGGGAAGAGUAGCUGUGGUUAUUAGACCUCCCCUCACUCAGGGAAAUCUGAGGUACAUAGCUGAGAAGACUGAAUUUUUCAAG